AUGUCCCUGUCCGGCCUGUCCGCUGACUCGUCACCACCAGACUCCCCACGAGGAUCCCCGUCCUCUAGCAGCCGCCCAAUCGCAAUUGAUCUACCGCCGACCACCAAGAAGUCGGUCUCCAGCAGCGCUUCUGUUUAUACUCCACCGGCGCCACUAUCAGCACGUGGGGAUCUACCUGGUGGUUAUUUCCCCUUGCACGAAGACCAGACCCGUGUCUACCGCAGUCAUCCUUUCCACCUGGAUGCCUCCAAAGCCCGCCAGAGGUCGAUUCAGAGGGCGUCAGACACCAACUCGCCAGACUCGCUCCCUCCGGUCUCCGCCCCGACCAUCACAGGACGAGCGACGCCGCCUGGAAAGGUAGAAAUGCCAACUAUGCCGUCUCCAGCACCUGCACCGCCGUCUGCGGUCACCAGCGCAAAUGUCCCCGGCAGAUCGAACACACCCGUCGCAUCCUACAUUCCCAGUGGAGUUCACGCAAACCCGCUUCCUAUGGGGAAGUAUUAUCCUUCCAAUUACGAGAGCCGGCAGCCAGCGCAGCAUCAGACUCUCCGGCCGUCUAUGUCUGGGUCGCCCUCUACAGCCAUCAAGUCCGACUCUCAGGUGCCUACCUACCGCGGAGAAUCUUCCGGAGGACACGUACGGAACGAGUCCGAGGCCAAGCGCCGACUGCAACAGUACCAGAGAGAUAUGAUCGCGCAGGCCACUCUCGCAAUCAACGGUGGCAAUGUGAGCGCGGCCGCUCUGAACGCCAUAUCACUCAGGAACAUGGGCUUCACCAGCGUCUCUAGCAAGCCGAGCAAACCCAAGCUCGCACCCCUCGGUAGCCCCGGACCCGUCACCCCCAUGGAGCUGGAGGCCGGCGGCGAUGACUUCUUCGGAGUCCGCGUACGAGCUUCGGAGGAUAGUUCCCAAGUCGAGGAAGUUGCCCGUGCCAUCCGCGCUGACGAAGAGAGACGGCGGCGUGAAGGGGGGAGUUCUCCAGCCCUCGAGCUUGGGCCGAUAUUUUGA